AUGUUCGACUCGGUUUUAAUAUAUUCGUUUUUGGUUACUAUUGUACUUUGUCAGUUUGCUCCUACUAAUGAGACUGUAGUACAUCACGAUGGUCGUCUCUGGGAUGUGGUAAUCGAAACAUGCGAUAAAGAUGGAGCCGGUACUGAUGCAGCUGCUUAUCUGAAAAUCUUCUACGAAUCAGGACAUGAUUCUGAAACGUUUCAUCUCGAUAAUCCCGGAAGAAACGACUUUGAGCAAGGCUCUCGGGACCAUUUUAAGAUAUUUUUCAAGCAAUCUGAUAUCGUUAACAUGGGUCUAUUCUGGUGGCCAGGAUUCAGUUUGAGCCAAUCUUGGUGUGUGAAUUGGGUUCUUCUCCUGAAUUCUGAUACAGAAGCAUGCUUUGAAGGUAUUUUCGAGAAAUGGAUUCUUCAUUAUCGAGAUCCUCCUACUUAUGCCACCCGAUUCCAUCGGCUCCGUUAUGCUGAUUGUGUGCGUCCAGGACCAUCAACGGCCGAAAGGAGAACUUAUUUACGGUAUGAUGACAUUGUCAGAAACAGUGGAGGAACCGCCGAUAUCAAGCGUGAGGAUGAUGAUUGA